AUUUCAUUUCCGAGUCCUCAUCUAGUAAUUUCAAGUGUUCCUAGUUUGCUAUUCGAUAGCACAUUGUAUAUGUUAUGUUUAAGUAAUAUAUUGUUAUAAAUUGUUAUAAUAAAAAUUAAAUAAAGAUUAAGGCAGACUUUAGAAAAAUGUCCAGGCGUCCGGAACAUUUAGCACCUCCUGAAGUGUUUUACAAUGAAGAAGAAGCACGAAAAUAUACACAAAGUUCACGUAUUAUGGAUAUUCAAGUGCAAAUGUGUGAGCGAGCUGUAGAAUUAUUAUUAUUGUCAGAAGAUGCACCAGCAUUAUUAUUAGAUAUUGGUUGUGGUUCAGGACUUAGUGGUAGUGUAUUGGAGGAUGAAGGACAUACUUGGAUUGGGAUUGAUAUUUCUUCUGCUAUGCUUGGCGUUGCUCAAGAAAGAGAAACAGAUGGAGAUUUAAUUUUGGGAGACAUGGGUCAAGGUAUGCCAUUUAGAGCUGGAAGUUUUGAUGGCGCAGUGAGUAUCUCUGCAUUGCAAUGGCUAUGUAAUGCAGAUAAAGCUACUCACAAUCCUAACAAGAGACUAUAUUGUUUUUUCUCUACACUUUAUUCUUGUCUUACAAGAUCUGCAAGAGCAGUUCUUCAAUUUUAUCCGGAGAAUAAUGAACAAAUUGAAAUAGUAAUGAGACAAGCUACAAAAGCUGGAUUUUUUGGCGGUAUGGUCGUCGAUUUUCCUAAUAGUACAAAAGCAAAAAAGUUCUUUUUAGUUCUAAUGACAGGAGGACCAGCUGCGCUUCCACAAGCUUUAGGUACAAAUGAAGAAAAUUCGAAUAUUAUCUAUACAUCGAAAAGAGAGCAUAUUAAAAAAGCAAGAGGCAAACCUUUAAAAAAAAGCAGAGAUUGGAUUGCAGAAAAAAAGGAAAGACGUAGAAAACAAGGUAAACUAGUCUGUGCAGAUUCUAAGUACUCUGGCAGAAGAAGAAGUGGUCGUCUUUGAUAAACAAGUUUUUUCGAAUAAUACCAUCGUUCUGUGAGAAAAACUGCUCAAACAUAUAUUUACAAUAAUCAUAAUAAAUCAUCAGAAUGUACAUAUACAUUACAGGGAUUAUAGAAGAAAUUUGACCAAUUUGGAUCUGUUUGCAUAUAUCGAAAUACAAAUAAUUCCAUCAAACACAAACGCAUGAUUAAUUUGCAAAUAUAUUCUCGUGUUUCUAAAUCCAUUUCAGCACACUUAUCUACAGGUAUACCAUCCACUAGUUCUGUUGUAAAUACCUGAUUCGUUGAAAGUUCAUCUAAAAAUUAUGAUUUCUAAGAUUAUGACUACUUAUUAUAUAAUGAUUAUUUAUUAAAUAAAUUUUUACCUAUAACUUUUGGUAUAUAAUAAUCAUUGUAAGGACUCAUAAGCUCUUUAUAUUUUUUUGUACAUUCUGCUUCUCUUUGAUAAUCCACUUCCCAAGCAAGUUCACGUUGCGCUACUUCAACUAAAUUGUCAAUAAACAUGCCCUCUGGAAACAUAUUCCACACCUACGAAAAUUUAUAUACAUUAAAGAUUGUUAAGAAAUAUUAA